AUCACAUCACAUUAUAUCGCACAAGCAUCGCGCUUCGUCACUGGUCAAGAUAACCUGGCCCAUCGGAUCAGGAUUAACGAAAGGAAGGAAGCAUCUGAAGGAAUGAAUGCGUAGAAUGUACUAUCAUCGAUUUUCAGGACUGAGAAGCUGUUGCAUCAUCAUUUUUCUUCCUAUUCUCGUUAUUUUAAUUUUCCCUAUCCUCCCACCAUCAUCUCCCAGUUGUCUUUCCUUUCUUUUUUUCUCCCCUUCCCCUCUUCAUUUCCGAUCAGAUUUCUUUUCUCUCGCUCAGGUGCACAGGUACUGGAUUUGUCAGGGGCAAGAACCCAUCGUUUGUUGUCGCGCUGCUAUCGUUUCCUUUUUUUGCCAUUGUCACCAUCACUAUCAUCACUUUUCUCGAUUCCUUUUCUCUUCUGGCCUGUUCUGCGUGUAUCAUCACAUGGCAGGUUUGUACAUGGCGAGCUGGAUCGCCCUUGUAACGGCAGGGAUGAUACUGGUGUAUAUGUACUACUACGACUGCUACCUAUAGAUAGCUGGAGCUCAGGCUGCACACUUGCAGAGCAGAGAGCGGUGUAUAUCAUAUUUUCUUGAUUUUCACGUUGUACGUUAAUAUCGUGCCAAAACAUGAACGAUCUGUUCGCGAGUCGCGCCAG